AUGGCCACCUCCCCAGCAUCCGCCGCCGCCACCGCUGGCCGCGUGACCACCGUCGUUACCGAGACCAUGGCCGGGUGGUGCGUGCUGAUGACGGUCGACGGGUACUCCAAACUCAUGGAGGCCGACGAGUGCAUCGAAUCCGACUGGUUCUGCGCCGGAUGCCGCCGUUGGUACAUGUACAUAAUCGGCGGAGCGAAGGAAGCCGCCGCCGCCGACUUGGCGACCUUCGUCAUUGGUCUCGAGAGCCCAGAUGAUGAAGUGAAGGUGCGGUACAAGCUCACCCUGCUCAACCGUGCCGGAGAGAUAAUCUCCGCCACCCAAAGCUUCGCUACCCUCUCGAGCUCAGUUAACUCCACUGAGAUGGGGGCGAUGGACACCCAGUAUCUCCUCGAGGACAGCUUCCAGAUCAGGUGCGAAGUCGCCGUCGUCACGGAGAUCACCGCGGCGCGGCCGCCGGACCUGCCCCGGCACCUCGGCGGCCUCCUGGCGAGCCAGGUCGGGGCGGACGCGACGUUCCAGGUCGGCGGCGAGGUCUUCGCCGCGCACCGGUGCGUGCUCGCCGCCCGCUCCGGGGUCUUCAUGGCCGAGCUCUUCGGCCCGGGGAAGGGAACGAGCGCCGCCGCGGCGGCCCCCGUGCGGAUCGACGGCGUGGAGCCGAGGGUGUUCCGGGCCUUGCUGCACUUCAUCUACACCGACUCCCUUCCUGAGGUUGAGGUAGGCGAGGGCGGCGGCGACGACGACGAGGUCGCCAUGGCUCGGGGUCUGCUCGCGGCGGCGGACAGGUUCGGCGUGGAGAGCCUCAAGCUGAUCUGCGGCGACGUGCUGUGCAACUCCAUCGACGCGCGCACGGCCGUGGACUUGCUGGAGCUAGCGGACAACCAUGGCUGCCCGAGUCUCAAGGCGGCGUGUGUCAAGGUCAUCAAGGACCUGCUCGCCAAGGUUUCGCCUUCAUCGUCUCCAAUCAGGAAGAGGCAAAAGAAACUUAAUUAG